UGCAGUUCGAGAGCGGUGAUCCUUACGGAAGGCAGUCGGGUUUGUUUUUCUCGCAGAUUACAUUCCAGAAAGGAUCAAGUGAGCACUAUUUGGCAACUGAUGGCUUGGAAUAGACCUCCUGCCUUGGACGGUCUGUCCGACUGGUUUGUCAACCAAAUAGCCCAAGAGCAUCCUGUCAGCAGUACGAUGAAAGAGACGAUCAAGCAAAUGAUUUCUGACAAUUUAGCACAGACAGCGAAGCGGUGUAGGACCUUUUUUGAAGAUCAACUUGCAGCAAACAAAACAGAAGAAGAAAUGAAACGUUACAAUUCUCAUAUGGAGGAUUAUUUGAUCCAAGCUUUCCGACAGAGACAAUUGGAGCUUUUGGAGUCAAAAGACACACCUCCACCUGAUCAUGCCCAUCUGCAUGCAUUGCGCAUUCAUUCAGACAUUUUACAAAAAGAGUUAAGAUUGAAUGGAACUGUCCUCUUGGACAGAUUAAUUGAGCAAGAAGUCAUGUCGGAAGCUGGUAGAGAAAGCAUUCUAUCACGUAAAACAAACCAGCAACAGAAUGCAGCUUUCAUUAGAUACGUAAGCCAGACAUUCGACGCAGACACAUUUAAAGCGGUAUUUCUUCCUGCACUUACAGUGGAGCAUGAAUAUUUGGCGACAGAACUUUCAAAGGCUGCCGCAAAUCAAACUUUAUCGAAGUCCUUCCUCAAUCGGUGUCUCAGUUGCAAGAUAAGGGAACAAAUACGAAUUCGAAAGUUUGCAACUUGUCUUUAUCAGAUUGAUGCAAUAUCAUCGGCUUCACAUUUAGAUUUAACAUCAACCGACAUGUCUCAAGAAGACAAGUGGAACCAUUUGAUGCACGAAACGAGACACAGACCUUCGGUUUUGAUGAUAGCCCUUAAGAUACAAUGCAAGUCUCUACAAUCAACUUACGAGCAACAGACAGUACAUGUUUAA